CGAAACGAGGCACCGCCAAAAAGCUCACCAUUCUUCCACCGAUCCCCGAAUCCCAGGAAGGACGUCAACAUGGCUGAGCAACUCAUCCUCAAGGGCACCCUGGAGGGCCACAAUGGCUGGGUCACCAGCUUGGCCACGUCGAUGGAGAACCCCAACAUGCUUCUCUCCGCUAGCCGAGACAAGACCCUGAUCAUCUGGAACCUCACCCGCGAUGAGACCCAGUACGGCUACCCCAAGCGGUCGCUCCACGGCCACUCCCACAUCGUCUCCGACUGCGUGAUCUCUUCCGACGGUGCCUAUGCCCUCUCCGCUUCGUGGGACAAGACUCUCCGCCUGUGGGAGCUCUCGACCGGCACCACCACCCGCCGGUUCGUCGGCCACACCAACGAUGUCCUCUCGGUCUCUUUCUCCGCCGACAACCGCCAGAUCGUCUCCGGUUCUCGCGACCGGAGCAUCAAGCUCUGGAACACCCUCGGUGACUGCAAGUUCACCAUCACCGACAAGGGCCACACCGAGUGGGUUUCGUGCGUCCGCUUCUCGCCCAACCCGCAGAACCCUGUGAUCGUGUCGUCCGGCUGGGACAAGCUGGUCAAGGUUUGGGAGCUCUCUAGCUGCAAGCUUCAGACCGACCACAUCGGCCACACCGGCUACAUCAACACCGUCACCAUCUCUCCCGAUGGAUCUCUGUGCGCUUCCGGUGGCAAGGACGGUACCACGAUGCUGUGGGAUCUUAAUGAGAGCAAGCACCUGUACUCGCUCAACGCCAACGACGAGAUCCACGCCCUUGUCUUCUCCCCCAACCGCUACUGGCUGUGCGCUGCCACCGCCAGCAGCAUCAUCAUCUUCGACCUCGAGAAGAAGAGCAAGGUCGACGAGCUCAAGCCCGAGUUCCAGAACGUGGGCAAGAAGAGCCGCGAGCCCGAGUGCGUCUCCCUUGCGUGGAGCGCUGACGGCCAGACCCUCUUCGCCGGCUACACCGACAACAUCAUCCGCGCGUGGGGUGUCAUGUCGAGGGCGUAAGGGACCGGUGUUUCGGCGUCGGGGCCGGGGAAGGACGGGUCGCAGGGAGGGGGUUUGCAUCGCUUCGCUGCGCUGGAGGCCGGGCGCGCCUGUCGCGCGCCGGGGCUCUUUCGACGAAUUCCAUGGUGGGGGCGUACUUCGGACUGCUUAUCUCGCUUUUGGUCGCUUUCAUGGCAAGAAAAUGAAAGACGGGGAGCUGGGAAAAAUGCAUC